AUUUUUUCAUGCCUGUAUCAAGGUACUGAACAUGUGACGUGCAGAAUUGUGUUGAAACGUCACAACCUAAUUGAUCUACAACUCUAGUUUUUUUAAAAAAAAAGGAUGUAGAAAAAAUAACCGUAAUACAAUAAUCUGUUUUAGUUACACAAUAUAAAAAACAUGUAAAGUGUAGCAGCAGUAAUCAAAAUAUGAGGUGGAGGAGAAUGAAAAGUAUAGUGUUUACCAGUCCUAUUGAAGUGAAGCUGCUAGGUGCUAGGGUGUUACAAGUGUGAGGUAUGUUAUGUAAGGCUCAUAAAAUGUCUUAAACUUAUAACAUUAAACUUAGGGUAACCACAAAGGAAAAAUCUUAUAGUAAUUACAUCCAAACACAAAGAAAGACAGCAGGAUAAGAAACAAGGAACAAUGGAUGUACAAAACAACGAGAAAACAACAAAAUGGCAAUAGUAAGUCCUUACCUAUCUGUAAUAUGGUGACGGUGGUGCGUAAUUCACUUACAACUCUAGUUUAAAAGUUAAAAAAAAAAGAAUGUAGAAACUUCACAACCAUCUCUUCAUGGCAACACUCUCAGCAUCUCCAUUUUCCAGAUGGGGAAACUGAGGCCCAGCAUGGCUAAGUGACUCAUCUGAGUCGACACAGGAUUCACCCCCAGGUCUGUCUGGCCACCCCUGUCUUCCUGGUUAUUUUGGAAAGGCAAGCCAGCUGUCAAGAGCAUGCCUCUGUGCCAAUGGGGGGCCACCACCAGGGGCAGAAAGCCCGAUGGGGAUGGAGCUCAGCCCAUGGCCACCAGAGGAGGCCUGAAGGUGCUUCUGCACUGGGCUGGCCCCGGUGGCGGGGAGCCCUGGGUCACCUUCAGCGAGGCCACACUGACUGCGGAGGAGGUCUGCCUCCACAUUGCACACAAAGUCGGCAUCACUCCACCCUGCUUCAAUCUUUUUGCCCUCUUCGAUGUCCAGGCCCAGGUCUGGCUGCCUCCAAACCACAUCCUGGAUAUGUCCAGAGACUCGAGCCUGAUGCUGUACUUCCGCAUGAGGUUUUAUUUCCGGAACUGGCAUGGCAUGCAUCCCCAGGAGCCGGCUGUGUACCGCUGUGGUCCCCCAGGGUCCGAGCCUUCCUCAGAACAGGCCGAGCAGGGGGUGCAACUCCUGGACCCCGCCUCCUUUGAGUACCUCUUUGAGCAGGGCAAGCAUGAGUUCAUAAAUGACGUGGCAUCGCUGUGGGAGCUGUCAAGCGAGGAGGAGAUCCACCACUUUCAGAACGAGAGCCUGGGCAUGGCCUUUUUGCACCUCUGCCACCUCGCUCUCUGCCAUGAUGUCCCCCUUGAGAAGGUGGCCAAGAAGAUCAGCUUCAAGGACUGCAUCCCACGCUCCUUCCGGCAGCAGAUCCGACAGCACAAUGCUCUGACGCGGCUGCGCCUGCGGAGCAUCUUCCGCAAGUUCCUGCGGGCCUUCCAGCCAGGCUGCCUCUCCCAGCAGGUUGUCAUGGUGAAGUACCUGGCCACACUCGAGCGGCUGGCGCCCCGCUUCGGCACAGAGCGCGUGCCCGUGUGCCACCUGGAGCUACUGGCCCAGGCCGAGGGGGAGCCCUGCUACAUCCGGGAUGGCGGACAGGCCCCUCCCGACCCCGGGCCCGAGUCUGCCACAGGACCCCCCACUCACGAGGUGCUGGUGUCGGGCACCGACGGCAUCCAGUGGCGGCUGGUACAGGCAGAGACUCCCAGUGAUGGUGGUGGUGGUGGCGGCAGAAGGAUGCCCCAUGCUGGCCCAUCUGGGAAGAAAGCCAAGGCCCAGGAGGUGGGCAACCAGCCAGUGCACAGACCUCAGGAGGCCCCAUGGGCCUACUUCUGCGACUUCCAGGACAUUACCCACGUGGUGCUGAAAGAACGCCGCGUCAGCAUUCAUUGUCAGGACAACAAGUGCCUGGAGUUGACCCUGCCUUCCCGGGCUGCAGCCCUGUCCUUGGUGUCACUGGUGGAUGGCUACUUCCGCCUGACGGCCGACUCGAGCCACUACCUAUGCCAUGAGGUGGCUCCUCCACGGCUGGUGAUGAGUAUCCAGGACGGUAUCCACGGACCCCUGCUGGAGCCGUUUGUGCUGGCCAGGCUGCAGCCCGAGGACGGCCUUUACCUCAUCCACUGGAGCACCAGCCACCUCCACCGCCUUAUCCUCACGGUGGCCCAGCGUGACCAGGCACCUGGCGUGAAGGGCUUGCACCUACGGAAGUUCCCCAUCGAGUUGCAGGCUGGGACUGUCGCGCUGGAGGGCUGGGACCGGUCCUUCCCCAGCGUGCGCGAGCUGCGGGUUGCCCUGCAGGGCUGCUCCCUGCGGGCUGGCGACGACUGCUUUUCCCUGCGCCACUGCUGCCUGCCACGGCCAGGAGAGAUCUCCAACCUCAUCGUCACGCGGGGACCUCGGGCCAGCAGCAGGCCACUCAACCUCAGCCAUCUCAGCUUCCACCAGAUCCGCCAGGAAGACAUCACCCAGCUGUCCCACUUGGGCCAGGGCACGAGGACCAAUGUGUAUGAGGGCCUCUUGCGAGUGGAGGGCGGAGGCCCUGAAGAGGACAAGGUGGAUGGCGGGGACCCCCCCAUGCCCGGGGCGGGCUGUGAACAGGAGCUGCGAGUGGUACUCAAGGUGCUAGAUCCCAGUCACCAUGACAUCGCCCUGGCCUUCUACGAGACAGCCAGCCUCAUGAGCCAGGUCUCCCACGUGCACCUGGUCUUCGUGCAUGGCAUCUACGUGCAUGGCUCCGAGAAUAUCAUGGUGACGGAGUACGUGGAGCACGGGCCCCUGGACGUGUGGCUGCGGCGGGAGAGGGGCCACGUGCCCCUGGCCUGGAAGCUGGCAGUGGCCCAGCAGCUGGCCAGCGCCCUCAGCUACCUGGAAGACAAGAGCCUGGUUCACAGCAACGUGUGUGGCCGGAACAUCCUCCUGGCACGGCUGGGGCUGGCGGAGGGCACCAGCCCCUUCAUCAAGCUGAGUGACCCCGGUGUGGGCCUGAGCGUCCUCUCCAGGGAGGAACGGGUGGAGCGGAUCCCCUGGACAGCCCCUGAGUGCCUGUCCGGUGGAGCCAACAGCCUAAGCACUGCAGCCGACAAGUGGGGCUUUGGUGCCACCCUCCUGGAGAUCUGUUUCGAUGGGGAGGCCCCCCUGCAGGGCCGCAGCCCCUCCGAGAAAGAGCGCUUCUACCAGAAGCAGCAGAAGCUGCCUGAGCCCUCGUGCCCAGAGCUGGCCAUACUCACCAGCCAGUGCCUGACCUAUGAGCCAGCCCAGCGGCCAUCCUUCCGCACCAUCCUGCGUGACCUCACUCAGCUGCAGCCCCAAAAUCUCGUUGAUGUCUUGUCUGUGAACCCGGACUCACCGGCGUCAGAUCCUACGGUUUUCCACAAGCGCUAUUUGAAAAAGAUCAGGGAUCUGGGUGAGGGUCACUUCGGAAAGGUCAGCCUGUACUGCUACGAUCCAACCAAUGACGGCACUGGUGAGAUGGUGGCCGUGAAGGCCCUCAAGGCAGGCUGCGGUCCCCAGCUCCGUACAGGCUGGAGGCGAGAAAUCGAAAUCUUGCGCACACUCUACCACCAGCACAUUGUCAAGUACAAGGGCUGCUGCGAGGACCAAGGCGAGAAGUCGGUACAGCUGGUCAUGGAGUACGUGCCCCUGGGCAGCCUCCGAGACUACUUGCCUCGGCACAAUGUCGGGCUGGCCCAGCUGCUGCUCUUCUCCCAGCAGAUCUGUGAGGGUAUGGCCUACCUGCACGCGCAGCACUACGUGCACCGAGACCUGGCCGCACGCAACGUGCUGCUGGACAACAACAGGCUGGUCAAGAUUGGGGACUUCGGUCUCGCCAAGGCCGUGCCCGAAGGCCAUGAGUACUACUGUGUGCGCGAGGAUGGGGACAGUCCCGUGUUCUGGUAUGCCCCGGAGUGCCUGAAGGAGUGUAAGUUCUACUAUGCAUCCGACGUCUGGUCCUUUGGGGUCACCAUGUAUGAGCUGCUGACCUACUGUGACUCCACCCAGAGCCCCCCCUCGAAAUUCAUCGAGCUCAUAGGCCUCACCCAGGGGCAGAUGACAGUGCUGAGGCUCACUGAGCUGCUGGAACGAGGAGAGAGGCUGCCACAGCCAGAGAAAUGUCCCUGUGAGAUCUAUUGCCUCAUGAAGAACUGCUGGAAAGCAGAGGCCUCAUUCCGCCCGACCUUCCAGAACCUCAUACCCAUCCUCAAAACGGUCCACGAGAAAUACCAAGGCCAGGCAGCCUCAGUGUUCAGUGUCUGCUGAAGCCUGCCAGCAGCUCUGCUUGGGGGGAUUGGAGCAGACAGUACCCACAGAGAGGGCCUUCUGCUUCCCACCCUAAGAGGAGCCCAAGAGGGGGUGGUCAGCCUCACUGACUCCCUGUGCCUUACUCCUGUCUGGAUGCCCCACCCCUCUGAACUGACUUUCCUUGUCUUAGUCUGUUUGGGCUGCUAUAACAAAACGCCACAUUCUGGGUGGCUUAUAAACAACAGAAAUUUAUUUGUCACAGUUCUGGAGGCUGGGAAGUCAAGAUCAAGGCACCAGCAUGGUUGAAUUUUGGCAAAAGCCCUCUUACUGGUUCAUAGCCUAUGCCUUCUUACUAUGUCCCCACAAGGUCCAAGGGGGCAAGGCAUCUUUCUGGAGCCUCUUUUAUAAGGGCACUAAUCACAUUCAUGAGGGCUCCACCCUCAUGACCUAUGCACCUCCUAAUACCAUCACGUUGGGUGUUAGGAUUUCAACAUAGUGAUUUUGAAGGGACAGAAACGUUCAAACCAUAGAACCUUCCAAGAUCAUGAGCCUGACACAGGCUCCUGAGGGAUCCAGGACAAGCAAGGAGCUAAACAGGGCCUUGAAUCUGAUCGUUUUAUCUUCCCCCAGCUCCUGCCCUUGGAGCCCACUAUCUCCCCUAACUGGUUAACAACUCAUAUUUCCUCUGCUAGAGGCAUGGUCCUUGGGCCCUUCUUCAGCAAAUGUCCACUAUCCUGGGGACUGCAGCUAGAGCAAGACACUCACUGCAGAAGAAGUCAGAUUCAACUAUUGAACUUUGCUCACCUCUAAAUCACCAGCCAGCAAUUAGACCAAUGCCUGGAACACAGAAGGCCCUCAAGAUGUAUGUUAAAUAUAUCAACAAAGGACCUGGAGGACCACAUGCCAUGUAAAUAAGAUUGCCAGUUUCACCUUUUUCUCGCUGUGUGACCUCAGGCAAGUGGCUUCCUCUCUCUGGGCCUUAGCUUUCAACUAUGAACUUGGGAUGGUCAUGCUUGCUGCCUUAUAGGACUAGUGUCAAGAGCUAAUGAGGGCUUCCCUGGUGGCGCAGCGGUUAAGAAUCUGCGUGCCAAUGCAAGGGACACGGGUUUGAUCCCUGGCGCGGGAAGAUCACACAUGCUGCAGAGCAACUAAGCCCAUGCAUCAC